UUUCGGUGCGAACUUCGGUGCUGCCUCGAAAGUCCCAGGCCAGGCACCUUUCCAUCCUUCGGACCAAAGCAAUAGUUUCAAGUUAACAACAAACCCAAAAAUACAGAACUCCAGUCAAUUGGAAAAUAGGACCAUCUAAAUCGCCUGUGUAACCUAGUGAAGUGCCAAGCCAAGUGUAAUUUCUCUCCGUGUGCGCGUCAAUCGGCCCGUCGGGAAACCCCAGCACUGCAUAUUUUUAUGACCGCGUACUUGGCCCCAGAAUCGGAGGCAGAAGAUACAAAAUGCGAGCAGAAGUGAGGCCAAUAAAAGGGCGAUAAAAUUGACGCCGAUACGAGGCAGGAACCAACAGCCAGCGGUGGCAAGCGGCGGCGGAAGAGAAACGAUAAGCGUAUCCUGUCGUCAGAGUGCAUAAAAAGGCGAUAUAUAUUAUUCGAGUGUCAGAGCCCACCGAGCCCGUAUCCUUGUCCGUGUGUGUGUGUGGAUCGCGUGUUGUUGCCGCUGCAGCCUCCGAUAGUCCCCGGUUCAAAUGCCCUGGUGAUUAAUGGGCCAUUGGCCGUUGCCGACGGGAUGCGCAUAACUCACCGCAGGACCAGAUACGGCCAGUGGCCGGUAGCCGUGGGCCUGGGCCUGUUUCUGGCCCUGGCCUGGGCCACGGCCGCCGCAGCCGGCAUGGAGUCGUCGGCCGAGCGACAGGUCCUGGGCUUCGAGGCCAUUAAGCCGGGCUCCUCCAUUAGCACCAGCACAGAGCCGCCGCAAAAGGCGCUAGGAGGAGCCACCGCCUCCAGCCAGAUGUCGCAAGAGUCGUGGAAGGUGCUCUCCCCCCGGUCCGAGUGGAAGUACAAGCGGACGAAAGUGAAGCGCCGCCAGCAGCGCCUCAACUCGUCCAGCAACCUGCCCGGCAGCACCAACGCCUCGCACCACCCCCUGCCGCCCAGCCUGCCCCAGCGGCAGCGCUACCUGAAGGUCAACCAAGUCUUCGAGAGCGAGCGCCGCAUGUCACCGGCCGAGGUGCAGCGGAACCACGGCAAAAUCGUCCUGCUCGGCCUCUUCGAGCUGUCCACGUCCCGGGGCCCGCGCCCCGACGGACUCAGCGAGCUGGGAGCCGCCACCAUGGCCGUGGAGCACAUCAACCGCAAACGCCUGCUCCCCGGCUACACCCUGGAGCUGGUCACCAACGACACGCAGUGCGAUCCUGGAGUGGGCGUGGAUCGCUUCUUUCACGCCAUCUACACACAGCCCUCGACGCGGAUGGUGAUGCUCCUAGGAUCCGCCUGCUCGGAGGUCACCGAGAGCCUGGCGAAGGUGGUGCCCUAUUGGAACAUCGUGCAGGUCUCCUUCGGCUCGACGUCCCCGGCUCUGAGCGACAGGAGGGAGUUCCCCUACUUCUACAGGACCGUGGCCCCGGAUUCCUCGCACAACCCGGCGCGGAUUGCUUUCAUCAGGAAGUUCGGGUGGGGCACGGUGACCACCUUCUCGCAGAACGAGGAGGUGCACUCGCUGGCGGUGAACAACCUGGUGACGGAGCUGGAGGCGGCCAACAUAUCCUGCGCCGCCACUAUCACCUUUGCCGCCACUGACUUCAAGGAACAGCUGCUGCUGCUCAGGGAGACAGACACGCGCAUCAUCAUCGGCAGCUUCUCGCAGGAGCUGGCCCCCCAGAUCCUGUGCGAGGCCUACAGGCUGCGGAUGUUCGGCGCCGACUACGCCUGGAUCCUGCACGAGAGCAUGGGCGCGCCCUGGUGGCCGGACCAGCGCACCGCCUGCUCCAACCACGAGCUGCAGCUGGCCGUCGAGAACCUCAUCGUGGUGUCCACGCACAACAGCAUCGUUGGGAACAACGUCAGCUACAGCGGACUGAACAAUCACAUGUUCAACUCGCAGCUGCGGAAACAGUUCGCCCAGUUCCACGGGCAGGGCGCUGCCAAGACCACAACGGCGCAAUCGGAUUCGGGACGCCGCCGACGCAGGCGGGGGGCGAGCGGCAGCGGUGGAGGCCACCUCUUCCCGGAGGCGAUCUCCCAGUACGCCCCGCAGACCUACGACGCGGUCUGGGCCAUUGCCCUGGCCCUGCGAGCCGCCGAGGAGCACUGGCGGCGCAACGAGGAACAGUCGAAGCUGGAUGGAUUCGACUACACGCGCAGCGACAUGGCGUGGGAGUUCCUGCAGCAGCUGGGCAAGCUGCACUUCCUGGGAGUCUCCGGACCUGUUUCCUUCAGCGGGCCCGACCGCGUCGGCACCACAGCCUUCUACCAAAUCCAGCGCGGCAUGCUCGAGCCCGUGGCCCUCUACUAUCCGGCCACCGACGCCCUGGACUUCCGGUGUCCCCGCUGCCGGCCGGUGAAGUGGCACAGCGGCCAGGUGCCCAUCGCGAAGCGGGUGUUCAAGCUGCGGGUGGCCACCAUCGCCCCCCUGGCCUUCUACACCGUCGCCACGCUCUCCAGCGUGGGAAUAGCCUUGGCCAUAGCCUUCCUGGCCUUCAACCUCCACUUCCGCAAGCUCAAGGCAAUUAAACUUUCCAGCCCCAAGCUGAGCAACAUCACCGCAGUGGGCUGCAUCUUCGUGUACGCCACCGUCAUCCUGCUGGGCCUGGACCACUCGACGCUGCCCUCGGCGGAGGACUCCUUUGCCACAGUCUGCACGGCUCGGGUCUAUCUGCUCUCGGCCGGGUUCUCGCUCGCCUUCGGAUCGAUGUUCGCCAAGACCUACAGAGUCCACCGGAUCUUCACGCGCACCGGCAGCGUCUUCAAGGACAAGAUGCUGCAGGACAUCCAGCUAAUCCUGCUCGUGUGCGGACUGCUGCUGGUGGACGCCCUGCUGGUCACCCUGUGGGUGGUCGCCGACCCCAUGGAGCGGCACCUGCAGAACCUGACGCUCGAGAUCAGCUCCAUCGACCGGAGUGUCGUCUACCAGCCCCAGGUCGAGGUCUGUCGAUCGCAGCACACACAAACGUGGCUCAGUGUCCUGUACGCCUACAAGGGGCUCCUGCUGGUGGUAGGCGUGUACAUGGCCUGGGAGACGCGGCACGUCAAGAUUCCCGCCCUGAACGACUCCCAGUACAUCGGCCUCUCCGUCUACAGCGUGGUCAUCACCAGUGCCAUUGUGGUCGUUCUGGCCAACCUCAUCUCCGAGCGGGUAACGCUGGCCUUCAUCACCAUAACCGCUCUGAUCCUCACCAGCACCACCGCCACCCUCUGCCUGACCUUCAUACCCAAGCUGCAUGACAUAUGGGCCAGAAAUGACAUUAUAGACCCGGUGAUACACAGCAUGGGCCUCAAGAUGGAGUGCAACACCAGGCGAUUCGUGGUGGACGACCGCCGGGAGCUGCAGUACCGCGUGGAGGUUCAGAACAGAGUCUACAAGAAGGAGAUACAGGCGCUGGACGCGGAGAUCCGCAAGCUGGAACGGCUGCUGGAGUCGGGCCUCGCAGUGGGAACCACCACCUCCACGACGACCUCAUCCUCCACCUCGCUCCUCAUGGGAGGCGCCCACCUAAAGCCGGAGGUGACGGUGACGAGCGGCAUCCAUCAGCCCCCCUCUGCCGGUAAAUCCAGGACACCCAGCAUUUCGGGGAUACUGCCCAACCUACUGCUCUCCGUGCUGCCGCCGGUGAUUCCGCGGGCGAGUUGGCCCUCUGCGGAGUACAUGCAGAUCCCGAUGCGCCGGUCCGUGACGUUUGCCUCGCAGCCCCAGUUGGAGGAGGCCUGCCUUCCCACACAGGACCUCAUCAACUUGCGCCUGGCCCACCAGCAGGCCACCGAGGCCAAGACGGGGCUCAUCAACCGGCUGCGGGGGAUCUUCUCGAGGACCACGUCGAGCACCAAGGGCUCAACGGCCAGCCUGGCCGAUCAGAAGGGUCUCAAGGCGGCCUUCAAGUCGCACAUGGGGCUGUUCACGCGGCUCAUCCCCUCCUCCCAGACCGCGUCCUGCAACGCCAUCUACAACAGUCCUGGUCUAGGGGCCCCUGCGGAGGGUAGCACGGCAGUAGCCUCUGUGGAAACCCACUCCAACGGCCACCACCUGAAGCCCAUCCACCGAGGCUCGCUCACCAAGAGCGGCACCCACCUGGAUCGCCUCACCAAGGACCCCAACUUCCUGCCCAUACCCACCAUUUCGGGGCAGGAGCUGGCAGAUCAGCAGCAGCUGGGCGGGAAGUAUGUGAAGCUUCUGGAGACCAAGGUCAACUUUCAGCUUCCCAGCAACCGGCGCUCCUCGGUGGUGCAGCCCUCGCCCAGCUUGAGGGAGCGGGUCCGGGGCUCGCCCCGCUUCCCCCACCGCAUCCUCCCGCCGACGUGCAGCCUCAGUGCCCUCGCAGAGUCCGAAGACCGCCCGAACGAGGGCGCCGCCAACAGCGGCAGCUGCAAGUCCAUACCGCGCAUCUCCCUGCAACAAGCCACCUGCGGGGGGACCUGGAAGUCCAUGGAGACGGCGGCCAAGUCCAGGCUUUCUCUGGGGGACUCCCAGGAAGAGGACCCCCAGCCACCGCCCGCUCGCGCUGACCCGCCAUUGAAUGGCCUGGAUUAGGCUAGAACCCCUCCCCAGUCCUCGUCAAUUAGAGCGAAACACCAAGCAAUUAUUUAUCAUGACACGCGCCCUUCCCCCAGUUCCUCCCCCAAUCUCCCCAAUCUAAAUAGCGAAUCUCCCCGAGAAAGCGCGUGUGCAACUGACCAAUCAUCAGCUUAAAGCAAUCAAACGCAUUAGGGUAAUAUGCUAGAUAAGUCACGAUAGGAGAGUCCCGUGGGACAGUUCUCAACUAUCCCAUAGUUAGCCGUCUUUCCGAACCACGCAGAAGGAG